ACCUGGUCCAGCAACAUCAGAACGGUCUCUCACACUAUCAGGGUCAAAACCUGACCGAUCAGCACAAGACAAGACCUACCGAAGACCUGAGCUCGAUUGGACGCCAUGGCCUCCACCUUGUCUGUGCGCAGCUACUCGGUACGUCAGCCCUCCUUCUCCAGCAUGUCCGUGAGGGACAGCGGGCGCAGCAUCCGCUCCAAGCCUCCCGUCUCCAUCAGCACGCUGUCACUGUCCCGCUCCGUCUCAAUGGGCAACAGCCUCAACACGCUGGGCUCCAGCCUCUCCUUCAACGGCCUCGGUGUUGCCGCCAACGAGAAGGAGACCAUGCAGGGCCUGAAUGACCGUCUGGCCAACUACCUGGACAAAGUGCGCUCGCUGGAGAAAUCCAACGCUGAACUGGAGAUGAAGAUCAAGCAGCUCAUGCUGGACAGGGCUCCAAAAGGACAUGACAUCGAAGGGAUGAUGGCCCAGGCACAUGCCAUCGGGCAGGAGGUGAGAAAGAAAACGCUGGAGAACGCCCGGAUCAUGCUGGAGAUUGAUAACGCCAAGCUGGCGGCCGAUGACUUCAGGGUCAAGUGGGAGGCGGAGGCCACCUUGUGCCAGUCAGUUGAGAGGGACUGUCAGGCUCUGAGAAGGGCAAAGUCUGACCACGACCAGAUCAUCGCCACUCUGCGAGGAGACCUGGACAGCUUGAAGGAGGAGCUCUACUUCCUCAAGAAGAAUCAUGAUGAGGAGAUGAAUUCUCUGAAGGGGCGUCUGGCCAACGAGCAGGUAAAUGUGGAGGUAGAUGCAGCUCAGGGUCCUGAUCUGGGGGCCAUCAUGGCUGAGCUGAGGGUCCAGUAUGAGAGCAUUGCUCGCAAGAACAAGGAGGAGGCCGAAGCCUGGUACCUCAAGAAGUUAGAAGCAGUGCAGUCGGAGGUCAAAGACAGCAACGAGGCUUUGCGUUGUGCCCAAAGUGAGCUCAGUGAGAGACGACGCUUCCUGCAGGCUCUGGAGGUCGAACUCGAUAGUCUUCGGAAGCAGGUUAGUGUGUUGGAAGGAAACCUGGGAGAAACCGGGCACAAGUACUCUGUGGAAAUGGACCGUCUCCAGGCCACACUGACCCAGCUGGAGGAUGAGCUGUCUCAGCUGCGUCUGGACAUGCAACGUAACAAGACCGACUACGAACAGCUGCUGCGCAUCAAACAGAACCUGGAGAUGGAGAUUGCCACCUACAGGAGGCUGCUGGAAGGAGAGGAAAUGGUGAAAGAAACACCUCCACCUCCCAAAAAAGACCCUGACGUGAGGACCAGGAAGAUUGUAAAAGUCGUUACCCAGACCAUGAUCAAUGGCAAGGUGGUAGAUGAGUCCAGUGAGGUGGAGCAGAUUGAGGAGCGCAGAAAAUGAGCCAAAGUGUGUGCUGAGAAGGAGCAAUAAUGUGUUUUAAACCCAAAGUGCCUGCUGACUGUGGAUCAAUUCUUACCUUCCUGUUAGAUGUUUUCCUUAUUUUCUAAACGUUUUAGUGCCUUAAAAUUUCCCAAAAAUAUACUGAAAUGAAUUAAAAGUAAAAUUAAAGUUAUUCCUAAAAUGAAUGUGUCCCUUAUGACAUAUGUCUGUAUAUAUAACCAACAAAAUUGAAGGAAAAACUCAUAAUACAAUGAUCCCCUGAAAAGAAAUACCAGUAGGUGGUGGGGAGACUUACAGUAAUAAAACAUGACAAACUGUGGACAAAAAAUUGCAAAAAAUCUUAACAAUGUCCACUCAAGAUUUUUUUUUAAUUUAUACAAACACUGAAAUGUAAAAGUCUUUAUGCUAAGCUAAGCUAACCAGCUGCUGGCUGUAGCUUCAUAUUUAGUGCACCGACAUAAGAGCAGUGUCAUCUUCUUCUUCUAUCUUCUCAUCUAACUUUUGAUAUGAAAAUGAACAAGAGCAUUUCCCAAAAUGGUGAAUUAUUUCCUCAAUACAGACAAAAGAGAUUUCUGGAAGAUUACAGUUAAUGUAGUGGAUUGAAAUUUGCAAAUCAUUGUAUGCAAAUGCUUUCUAGAAAAUCCUCCAACAGUAUCUCCCACAUUUGCAUGAUAGUUUCUCUGUAAAAUAGUAAUGGGAGUAUUGUAAUGUGCUGUCGUUUUGUGAUAGAAACAAACAAAUCAACCAAAGCGGAUGUACAGAGUCAAUAAA